GUAGUCAGUCUUUCGCUGUGUCUUCCAGCUUCACAAGCACGGAAAAUCGCAUCAUGAUGAGAAGGUUUUUCAUUUUUCUUUGCACCCUCCAUUUGGGAACUUUGGUUUCGUCGUCAUCCGAUCCAAAAGGCCCCAUCGUCUGGACUCGUGACCUAACUUUAAACGACAAAUUCACUGUCCGAUUCAAUAAUGAGGACGAGGACAAGCUGGUCAUGGAAAUCAGUGCUCCCACAACUGGAUACGUGGCCAUCGGAUUUUCUCCAAACGGGGGGAUGAGGGGCUCCGACAUUGUCAUGGCUUGGGUCGAUGGUGAGGGCAAAGCUCACAUCAAGGAUUUGCACGCUGUAGGCAACUCGAUGCCGAUUGAGGAUGAUGUUAGCAAUUACGAAUUGAUAUCGGCUGAGGAAACUCAACACGGGACGACCGUAAGGUUCAGUCGACCGUGGAAUACUUGUGAUGACAAGCAUGACUUUGAAAUUACGGAGGACACCGUUCGUCUAAUUUGGGCCACGAGCCCCGAAGACCCCCAAAUUUUCACUGAUGGAUCAUUUCAAUCAAAUUAUCACGGCCCAGACUUCCGCGGAGGGAGGAGCGUAUUUCUCAAGGUGGACACCCAUCUUCAAAAGUUUCCCGAUGACGAUGAUCACUCCGACCCUCACGUCAAACACUGGGAUGUCCAAAUGAAUCGGGUAAUUGUUCCUGACGACUCGGACACGACGUACUAUUGCAAAAUUGUCAAAUCCCCGCACGUGUACGAUGUUAAGCAUCAGAUUAUUGGGUUCCGAACCCUGAUUGAACCAACCAACAAGGACUGGGUCCACCACAUCAACUUUUUCGAGUGUAACGUCCCCCAGAGUGAUGGUGGUCCAGAGGCAGUAUUCGAAAAGUACUUGGACCAUCCUGGGGGUCACUGUUAUCAGAAGAAUAUGCCUCCAGAGUGGGGGCAGUACUGCAUGACGGUGCCCUUUGUGUGGGUGGCUGGUGCAGAGGGACUCUUGCUGCCAGAAGAAGGAGGAAUUCCCUUGGGCGAGCACAACAAUGGGACAACGUAUUUCAUGUUGGAAAUCCAUUACAACAACGAAAAGAAAAUACAGUUUGAAGACAGCUCGGGCGUGAGGAUCUUUGUGACUGAUAAGCCGAGGCCUAACGACAUUGGGGCAGUGACGAUUCACACGAGGUUUUCCCACGGCUUCCACCUCCUUCCUCCAGGCUACAAUGGGUUCAAAAAUGUUGCUUUCUGCACGUCCGAAUGCACCCAGAAAGCAUUUCCCCCCGAAGGAGUCACCGUCACUCACGCCACCCUCCACGCUCACCUCACCGCCAGGAAAAUCAAAAUUCGUCACAUUCGCAAUGGGCAAGAACUUGAGCCACUUGCUCAGGAUGAUCACUAUGAUUUCAAUUACCAACAAAGCCGGAUCGUGUCUCCGGCAAGGAAACUCUAUCCGGGAGAUAUAAUCCUCACGGAAUGCGAAUUUGAUACGACGGGAAGGCGUAAAAUUACUUAUGGGGGGACGAGCACGAAGGACGAAAUGUGCCAAGGCUACGUCUACAUCUAUCCGAGGGUCCAACUCGCUCUGUGCAAAACUCAGUAUGAUUUUGACAACUUUUUCAACGCCCUAGGAAUUCGAGAGGUCGAGGGCGAAGUUUUGGAAAGAUUGCAGUUACCUUACAAACCAAAACCAAAUCAAAUGUACGACCCAGGAGAUGAUGCCUACGUUCUGAAAAAUAACAGUAACGGGCCCCAAUAUAUUUUUGACUUGUUGGACGUGGCAGAACCCUCGCAGUAUCGAAGGACAAGUGUAGCGGAUUUCGUAGAAAAUCUUCCGUGGCAGAGGAACGACAAUGAAUUGACGAAAACCGUAUGGAAAAAAUGGUGGGAAGGAAAGUAUGACACUUUCUGCACUGGACAUCACUUUAAACGAAUCCCUCUUGAAGAUUACUCCGUGUCGUAUCCAAAAUUUGAACCGUACGUGAAGCCGAUUGACCAAAAAUGUGGGGAACGACGGGGUCGAAAAAAUCAACUUGGGUCAUCGGGAUCCUCUUCUGCAUUCACUUUAUCCAUCAUCUCCUUACCUUUCCUGCUCGUUGUCACAAAAAUGUGUCUCCUGUAACAAUGGGAUAAAGAUGCUUACAUUGCUUGAUGUAACUGUACACAUGCACACUUUUUUCAUAAAUAAAAUGCGACAAUUCAGAAUCUUAGUUAAAAA